AUGAUGUCCUGUCCAGUCUUCCUUCAAUGCCUAUGGGCUCGUCAACCGCGCCCGCUUCCGUUCCCCCUCCUCCUUGUCACCCCGAGCUUUGCCCACUGGGUUGAUCCUUCCAAUCCGUUCCUUUCGCAAUUCCUUACUCGGCUCUAUGAAAAUACACCUGGGGCCAGCACUGUUCAUGCUGUCACGGCCGUCGUGGAUACGCUCCCGGAUACCACAUCUAAUAAAUCGGACUCGAAUGAGUCCGAAGGGCUGUCGCUCUUGGCGGUAGGCCAGUCGGAUGUGAAAGCCAAAGCUGCGCCACCGCGUCUUAUCAGAAGCUCCGCAAGCGAGGAAACCAACCUGUUGUUCUCGAUUCAGACACAGCCAAACGGGCAAGGCAGUAAGGAUUCCGCUCACGAGGUUGGUUUACGCCUUGCCAACACAAUUUUCGUCAACGGGAAAGACACGACAAUAUUUGGUACUCGUUGGCUCUGGGACGAGAGCUCCAAGGAGUACAUCCUGGACAAGUCGAUCGAUUUCACAAGCUGUAUGGUCAUGGCGACUGCUGAGUCUGUGAACGCCAACCUGCAACUCCCAUUGCACCAAGUCACAGAACGGCGAAGGGUCAUUACUAGCAUGGGUAACAUUUUGAGACAGUUUGCAAAGUCCACCGAUGAAGCCUCGACAGAGACCAUUCCGGCUUCUACUGACCUUGAAAAAGAGCUUCCACGCUAUAUCAAAGAACAUAAAAUCGUUGAUCACCGGGUUUCCGUCUGGGCAUUGGUCGAAAAGCCCGACUUGGUUGUGGCUAACCCAGGCUCAUCAACCCAUGAUCGGUUGACACAAUCUUUGAAACAGGGCGGUAAAUUGCACCGUGUUAUGAGUGGUGGAGGUGGCUGGGGCAAAAAACAGGGCCUUCUUUCGUUGGACCCCGAAGUCAGCUUUUCGGGGACAGCCAACCGAGACGAACUUGUCUCUCUUGGUCAAAUAUUUGACCCUCACAGCGGGAAACCUUUGGACACAUUGCCAUCUAUUGACCAAGGCAUUGGCCUUGACGAUCUAUCACUUCUCUCACAAGUUGCCUCUGCCGGAGACUAUAUUCAGUUCUUUGUCUCGGUAGAACCGACGGUGAGCGACCUUCCGAAAACAACCGACUCAAAUGAGGCUGUCAGCUACCACUUUGGAAUGGUGGCUGAUUCUAUGGAGCUUGAAGCCUAUAACCCUGAGGAUAAGAAAGAAAUCGUUACUCUGCCUCAUACAUUUGGCGCAUUGUCCGAGAAGGCAAUUGCCUACUCUCAGCCAGGAAAUGGCGAUGCAAUGCCGGAUUCUAACACAAAGCUGGAUGUGCCAGGAUCCCGGGUGACUUUAAACACUGUAUAG